ACAAAUUACAAACCAGACCUCAAAGACUAAAACGGUUAAGUGUCGUGCAGGUCUCAUUUGAAUGAAUCGCUUAAUUCGUGGAAGACAGUAGUAGAGUUAGUUAUAGUCCAGUCAGUUCCACAGCGAGAGUCAGAAGGAAGAGAAGAGGAGAAGCUUCGUCCGAAGUUUAGUGUCUUAGAGAUAAAGGAGGAGGAGGUGGUAAUGACGAUGGCAAUGUUGAACAUCUUAUCUCAGUCAUCCUCGACUUUAUCUUCGCCGACUGUUUCUUCAUCUUCUUUGGUUUUAUCUCCUUAUAAAUACCCACACCACUUUUCUCAUCAUCAUCAUGUUAACAUUUUCAAUUCAUUCUCUUUUCCAACAACAAUUAAUACGAAUCUCUAUAAGCUCAAUUCCUCUUCUUCUUCUUUAUCAUCUUGUUCUUGUUCUGUUAAUCCAAAUUUAUAUUCAAUGUCGACCCACAAUUCAGGUUCUUCUCUAACUAGUAGAUGUUCAUGGAUGCAAGAUAAUUCCAAUUCAGCAUCUUACAACCCUGUAUCCAGCAAUGGAUGCAGGCCAAUUGGCCCCAGUCCAUUGCAUUCGGUGUUGCCGACAUCACCUGCUAAAGUUGCAUCGGUGCAGGAUCUUUUUGAUUUUAUAUGUUCAGGUCCACUUAUUGAAAAAAUGAAAUUAGACCCUGAAAAGAUUGGAAGUUCAAUUGAUAGGUGGUUAGAAUGUGGUAGAUACAUUUGUAGAAUGUUUCAGCUCAAUGAAUUUAAUCUGACACAUCCUCAAAAGGUCAGGGUCUACCACUACUAUAUUCCUGUCUUCAUUUGGUGCGAAGAUCAGAUCAUUGAACAUAGAGCAUCCUACAAAGAGGGUGAUGAGAUUCCUCCAUUAGUGAUUGGGUUUAGUGCACCACAAGGUUGUGGGAAGACCACACUUGUUUUGGCCCUCAACUUUCUUUUCGGGGCAAGUGGCAGGAAAUCUGCAACAAUAUCGAUCGACGACUUCUAUUUGACAGCCGAGGAUCAGGCUAAUCUAAGAGAGCAGAAUCCUGGAAAUCUAUUACUAGAGCUUCGUGGAAACGCUGGAAGUCAUGAUCUUCCGCUCUCAGUUGAGACACUCACAGCCCUAACCCAAAUGACUAAAGAAGGUAUGAAGAUGAAGUUACCGCGAUACGAUAAAUCUGCAUAUGGUGGAAAGGGUGACAGAGAUGAUCCCUCAAACUGGCCAGAGGUUGAAGGGCCAUUACAGGUAGUCUUAUUUGAAGGCUGGAUGCUUGGCUUCAAGCCUCUUCCAGUUGAAGUCGUCAAAGCUGUUGAUCCACAGUUGGAAAUCGUAAACAAGCGUCUAGAAGCUUAUUAUGAAGCUUGGGAUAAGUUCAUUAAGUCAUGGAUAGUAAUCAAGAUUAAAGAACCAAGUUGUGUCUAUCAAUGGCGGUUGCAGGCAGAGCAUGCCAUGUUAGAGGACGGCAAAGCUGGAAUGUCUGACGAAGAGGUUAUGGAUUUUGUUUCGCGAUACCUUCCUGCAUACAGGGCAUAUCUCCCAACUCUUUACUCUGAAGGACCUAGUGGUUCAAAUCCUGAGCAUGUUCUUAUGGUCGAUAUUGAUGAAGAAAGGAAUCCCAUCUUAGCCGGCUAGAUUUCUAUUUAGUGAGACAGAUUUUGGAGGCCAAUCAAUUCUUUGGUUUCUUCUUCGGCAAAAUUUAUUUACCAAUAUAUAUCAUCCAAGCAUUAAUUGGUUUGGAUUAGGAGUAAUAAUGUUAGUAGUUUCCUCUCCCAGGUGAAUUAAUUUGAUCAUUGGUUCUUUGUAAAUUGUAAGCAGUAUUUAUGAAGUGUAUAAAAUGAAGUGAUAUUUGUUGCUUCUAUUUCGAAGCUCAAGAUGGA